AUGGAUCAAAAGCAGAUCGAAGAUGCACUUAGUGAUUCAGAUUUUUCAUUUUCGGAUGAAAGUAUUGAUGACAGCGAUGCCGAUCCUCUUUUUCAACUAUCAGAAAGUGAUGACGAAUCCAGUGAUCAUGAAUCCCUUCCAGUACAACUUAAUGCUGAUAAUGAUAAUAUAUCAUCAAAUGGGUAUCCUGUUACAGGUAAUUACCAAAAAUAUUUUACUUAUGAAAACGAUUGCACGUUACCUAUUGAGUUAUUGGCAAAUAAUGAGCCAUAUGAUUAUUUUAAAUUAUUUCUUACUGACGAUAAACUAAACAUUAUGGUCUUGGAAACUAAUAGAAAUGCUGAACAAUAUCUAAAAAGUAUUAGACUGUCGCGUAGUAGUAGAUUCCGUUCAUGGCAACCUAUAGUAUUCGAUGAUAUGACGAAAUUUAUUGGACCAUUACUUUGGAUGGGUGUAGUGAAAUAUCCACACAAUUCCUGA